AAUNGCACACCUGCCUCAGGGAGUGAGAGUGAAGAAAGCACACCUGCACCGGAGAGCGGGAGCGAAGAGAGCACACCUGCACCAGAGAGCGAGAGUGAAGAGAGCACAUCUGCACCAGAAAGCGAGAGUGAAGAGAGCACACCUGCACCAGAGAGCGAGAGUGAAGAGAGCACACCUGCACCAGAGAGCGAGAGUGAAGAGAGCACACCUGCACCAGAGAGCGAGAGUGAAGAGAGCACACCUGCACCAGAGAGCGAGAGUGAAGAGAGCACACCUGCACCAGAGAGCGAGAGUGAAGAGAGCACACCUGCACCAGAGAGCGAGAGUGAAGAGAGCACACCUGCACCAGAGAGCGAGAGUGAAGAGAGCACACCUGCACCAGAGAGCGAGAGUGAAGAGAGCACACCUGCACCAGAGAGCGAGAGUGAAGAGAGCACACCUGCACCAGAGAGCGAGAGUGAAGAGAGCACACCUGCACCAGAGAGCGAGAGUGAAGAGAGCACACCUGCACCAGAGAGCGAGAGUGAAGAGAGCACACCUGCACCAGAGAGCGAGAGUGAAGAGAGCACACCUGCACCAGAGAGCGAGAGUGAAGAGAGCACACCUGCACCAGAGAGCGAGAGUGAAGAGAGCACACCUGCACCAGAGAGCGAGAGUGAAGAGAGCACACCUGCACCAGAGAGCGAGAGUGAAGAGAGCACACCUGCACCAGAGAGCGAGAGUGAAGAGAGCACACCUGCACCGGAGAGCGGGAGCGAGGAGAGCACACCUGCCUCAGGGAGUGAGAGUGAAGAAAGCACACCUGCACCGGAGAGCGGGAGCGAAGAGAGCACACCUGCCCCAGGGAGCGAGAGUGAAGAGAGCACAUCUGCACCAGAAAGCGAGAGUGAUGAGAGCACACCUGCACCGGAGAGCGAGAGUGAAGAGAGCACACCUGCACCGGAGAGCGGGAGCGAAGAGAGCACACCUUCACCGGAGAGCGAGAGUGAAGAGGGCACACCAGAACCGGAGAGCGAGAGUGAUGAGAGCACACCUGCACCAGACAGCGAGAGUGAAGAGAGCACUGAGAACACAUCACCUCCUCCAACAGAGCCAGUGAUCACAACAACAGACAGCAAGGAAGAAUGCCCUAAUGAUGAGAACCCUCCCAAGUGCCCUUCAAAGGACGGUUUAAGUCCCACAUAUUUCCCUCAUUCUGAUCCUCAAUGGUUCUAUCAGUGCAGUCACGGACAGUUAAUCUGCCUUGUAUGUCCUCCCAAACUUAUCUGGAAUGAGAAAUGUGAUGCCUGUGACUGGCCUGAUCUUAAUGGCUGUAUCGAGAAACCACCAACACCUCCACCAGAGAGCGAGAGUGACGAGAACACACCUGCCCCAGAGAGCGAGAGUGAAGAGAGCACACCAGAAUCUGAGAGCGAGAGUGAAGAGAGCACACCUGCACCAGAGAGCGAGAGUGAAGAGAGCAGACCUGCUCCAGAGAGCGAAAGUGAAGAGAGCACACCUACACCAGAGAGCGAGAGUGAAGAGAACACACCAGAAGCGGAGAGCGAGAGCGAGAGUGAAGAGAUCACACCUGCCCCAGAGAGCGAGAGUGAAGAGAUCACACCUGCACCAGAGAGCGAGAGUGAAGAGAGCACACCAGAACCGGAAAGUGAGAGUGAAGAGAGCAAACCUGCACCAGAAAGUGAGAGUGAAGAGAGCAAACCUGCACCAGAAAGUGAGAGUGAGGAGAGCACACCUGCACCAGAGAGCGAGAGUGAAGAGAGCACAUCCGCACCGGAGAGCGAGAGUGAAGAAAGCAAACCCGCACCAGGGGGGAGAGCAGUGGUAGCGAAGAGUAAGCACAGUUCCAUGUUUUCUAUACAGAAACACUGGCGUAACUGAGACUGCGAUUUGGUUUGUCUUUGGUUUACGAUGGAAAUGUUACUUAGUGUGUCUUAUGGUCUAAAAUUGCUACAAAUUGUAAAUACCUCUACUUUUACAGGCAACUUACACAGCUCUAAAUCUUAUUUCAAAAGUAGAAUAAAUUGCACAUGUAUCAUAAUCUGCAUUAUUAAUAAAUGAAGAAGCAAGUAUA